AUGUCAGGACGAGGAAAAGGAGGAAAAGCAAAAGCAAAGGCAAAGUCUAGGUCAUCCCGUGCCGGACUUCAGUUCCCAGUCGGUCGUAUCCACAGACUUUUGAGGAAAGGAAACUAUGCCGAGAGAGUUGGUGCCGGUGCACCAGUGUACCUCGCAGCUGUCUUAGAAUACUUAGCAGCUGAAGUAUUGGAGUUGGCAGGAAACGCCGCUCGUGACAACAAGAAGAGCAGAAUCAUUCCCCGUCAUCUCCAGUUGGCCAUCAGAAACGACGAAGAGUUGAACAAACUCUUGUCUGGUGUCACCAUUGCCCAGGGAGGUGUUCUACCAAACAUCCAGGCUGUACUUCUGCCAAAGAAGACCCAGAAAGCUGCCAAGUAAAAAGUGGAUAUAUCAGAUUACUCACUUAACAACGGCCCUUUUCAGGGCCACCAAUAUUUUUCAAAAAGAGUCUAAAAUUGUUGUACAUCUUAGUAAUACUUUAUUCCCCAUACAUAAUUAAAAAAAAUAUAUUCUACUACAUAACAAAUAAAAAAUGUCUAAAAUAUAAAUGUCCCUUCUUCCGUCAUUCUUCUUUUCUUCUCUCUCUAACGCAUCCCAUUUAAGUACAGUUCUUAUAGCAUAACACUAAGUCUAGUAACUUUUUCAGUCUUCUUCAUGAGAACAU